CGACCCAACGCCGCCGCCCAUCAGCUGAGAGCCGUCGCUGGGGCAGUGCGGACGGUGGGAACCGCCGGCCCCGAGCGGAGGAGCCGGAGGAGGAGCGCGCCCUGGAGGAGGUCAGGGUGGCUGCUUCACAAACAGCACAGUCCACCAGCAUCUGAUGAAAUUACUGACGAAGCAAGUCAGCCAUGUCUUAUACUCCAGGAAUUGGUGGCGACCCUGCCCAGCUGGCCCAGCGGAUCUCUUCCAACAUCCAGAAGAUCACACAAUGUUCUGUGGAAAUACAGAGGGCUUUGAAUCAACUUGGAACACCUCAAGACUCACCUGAAUUAAGGCAACAGCUGCAACAGAAGCAGCAAUAUACUAACCAGCUUGCCAAAGAAACAGAUAAGUACAUUAAAGAGUUUGGAUCUCUGCCCACCACCCCCAGUGAACAGCGUCAAAGGAAAAUACAGAAGGAUCGUUUAGUGGCUGAAUUCACAACAUCACUGACAAACUUUCAAAAGGUCCAGCGACAAGCUGCUGAGAAAGAGAAAGAUUUUGUUGCUCGAGUAAGAGCCAGCUCUAGAGUAUCUGGUGGCUUUCCUGAUGACAGUUCAAAAGAGCGGAAUCUUGUAUCCUGGGAAAGCCAAACUCAAUCUCAAGUGCAGGUGCAAGAUGAAGAAAUUACAGAAGAUGACCUCCGUCUUAUUCAUGAGAGAGAGUCUUCUAUUAGACAGCUUGAAGCUGAUAUUAUGGAUAUUAAUGAAAUAUUUAAAGAUUUGGGGAUGAUGAUUCAUGAGCAAGGAGAUGUGAUAGAUAGCAUAGAAGCUAACGUUGAGAAUGCAGAGGUGCAUGUGCAGCAAGCAAACCAGCAGCUGUCCAGGGCGGCAGACUACCAGCGCAAAUCCAGGAAAACCCUGUGCAUCAUCAUUUCUAUCCUUGUCAUUGGAGUCAUAAUCGUUGGUCUCAUCAUAUGGAGUUCAUUGAGAAGCUAAAAUUAUGAAGGAAUACACUAUUGCACUACAUUGUCUAAAUUAAUGGCCAUAGGAAGAGCUUAAAUAAAUAGAUGGUUAUUGGCACAGAUGAAGAGUACAGCUACCAGAGUCAGACCCACAGAGCAUUCUGUAUGCCCAGAAGCAGACUGAGAGUAUUGCACCCGAGAGAAGCCGUCAGUGCUCCAGAGAGAAAUGUCAAAUUUUACACACACAAGCUUUUGAAUGGGUUUUGAAUACCUAAAUUUAUAGACAACUUUGUAAUGAACAAAACAAUAACUUGAAAGACUUCUUUUCCUACACAAUUAUCUGUAGUUUAACCAGGAAAACAGAUUUCUAGUUGUAAUAAUUUGUUUCUUCCUGUAAUAAAGAGAAUGUCAUAAUAAAAGAUGAAGCCUAUAAAAAAAAAUGAUGUGCAUCUUAAUGGCAAAGAGUAAUGCACAAAGACAACUUAGCAUUUAUUUUAUUGAAAGACAAAAUUGAAUUUCUUGUACAAAUGACUAGGUUACUACAAUAAAAAUAAAAAUUCAAAACUGGAUGAAACAAGUUGCUUGUGUAAGUUAUGAGUUAUAUGGCAUUUUUUUAUUUGGUUGUUAGUUUGGGAGCCACACCCACCAGUGCUCAGGGGUUAUUCCUGACUCUGUGCUCAGAAAUCACUCCUGAUUGGCUCAGGGGACCAAAGCGGGAUAAUGGGAGUCACACCCAAGUUGGCCACAUACAAGGCAAGCACCCUACCCCACUGCACAUUCACUCGAGCUACAAAAAGCGUUUUCAUUGUAGUGAAUAAAGAGCAUUAUCAGGCACCCUUUCUGAUCUUGGGGGAAAGCUGCAAAUUUGUAUGUUUCAGUUAAAAAGUGAAAACUGAACUGUCAAUUUUUAACUUCUUCACUGUAAAAUUUGAUGAUUCUUAUUCCUCUUGGUCUCAUCCCUCUUUCUCUGGUGUGCUGUUCAUUUCUUUCUAGUCUUUUUUCCAUUUAUUGGUUUAGAGAGCUUUCCCACAUCUCAUCAUAGAGUUCAUUAAUUUUUCCUCAGUUCUUACCACUCGCGAUUGAGGCCUUCCAUCGAGUUUUUUAUUUCAUCUACCGUACUCUUCAGAUUGUAGCUUUCUCAUAUAUGCUGUCAUGCUUUCUUGUUCAUGUACCAUUGCUUCUUUUUGUUUCAAAAAAUUAAAUAUCCGCGCCAUGGUCUUUAAGUCCUUAGCUGAGAGAUUGUAGAGUGGAAUGGUGCUGGGCGAGUCAUCUCAGCUUGGUGGGAUUUUACAUAGCUUCCCCAUUGUGUCUGCUGCCUCCACUAACAGCCUCAUCUGUUGGGACGCUCACUGGGAUUGGGCAGUGUUGGAGUUAUGGCAUGAUGAAGAAUGGCAGGCAGACGUUGACAGCCAGGGCUU